UGCACUCAAUGUUGGCCUUUCCCAAGUCCUCAAAAUCCUCUUCGUUCAUUCUAACGUUCUGAAAGGAAGGGUGAGGAGCAAGAGAGCAAUGGCCCUUUCAUGCCCGAAAUGUCCCUCCUCUUCCUACUUUGCCCCCGGCCCUUCUCGCCAUCACCGAAGCAUGGCUUCUUCUUCGAUUUCAUCCAUUCAAUCUCCCGCAAGACGCUAUUUUGUGAAGAGGAGCGCCUUCGGAUCCGCCUGUAGCCGCCACUGGAACGUUGUUUACAUGCGGGAAGCCUCAACUAAGGAACCUGUGACUACGAAGAAGGAAGUUCCAUUGAAGAAUGCGGGGAAUGGCUCAGUGCUGAAGAUAUCUUCGGAGGAACUUAGAAAUUUAGGAGGGAUUAAUGUUAGUGAGAAGGAGACUACUGUUAGUAUUACUGUGGUUGGAGCCUCUGGAGACCUUGCUAAGAAGAAGAUAUUCCCUGCACUCUUUGCACUUUAUUAUGAAGAUUGCCUCCCAGAGCAUUUUACGAUUUUUGGUUAUGCUCGAAGCAAAAUGACAGAUGCUGAACUUAGAAGCAUGGUCAGCAAAACACUGACUUGUAGAAUAGAUAAAAGGGAGAAUUGUAGUGAUAAGAUGGAACAGUUUCUAAAACGAUGUUUCUACCAUUCGGGUCAGUAUGACUCAGAAGAUAAUUUUGCAGAAUUAGAUAAGAAGUUGAAAGAGCAUGAGGCUGGGAGGCUCUCAAACCGAUUAUUUUACUUAUCAAUUCCUCCGAAUAUAUUCAUAGAUGUUGUAAAAUGUGCCAGUACAUCUGCUUCUUCUGCAAAUGGCUGGACAAGAGUAAUAGUUGAGAAACCAUUUGGUCGGGACUCUGAAUCUUCUGCUGCUUUGACAGGAGGCCUAAAGCAGUAUCUAAAUGAGGACCAGAUUUUUAGAAUUGAUCAUUACUUGGGGAAAGAACUGGUUGAAAACCUAUCUGUUCUCCGGUUUUCCAAUCUUGUGUUUGAACCUUUAUGGUCAAGGCAGUACAUUAGAAAUGUACAAUUGAUAUUCUCUGAAGAUUUUGGCACUGAAGGGCGUGGAGGAUACUUUGACCACUAUGGUAUCAUCAGAGAUAUAAUGCAGAAUCAUCUACUUCAGAUACUAGCUUUAUUUGCCAUGGAAACUCCUGUCAGUUUGGAUGCGGAAGACAUUAGGAAUGAAAAGGUGAAAGUUCUCCGUUCCAUGAGGCCAUUGCAGGUGGAAGACGUCGUGGUAGGGCAGUAUAAAAGCCACACAAAGGGUGGUGUUACAUAUCCAGCUUAUACUGAUGAUAAGACCGUGCCAAAUGACAGUGUUACUCCAACAUUUGCUGCUGCUGCUUUGUUUAUAGAUAAUGCUAGAUGGGACGGAGUUCCAUUUCUCAUGAAAGCAGGAAAAGCUUUGCACACUAAGCGAGCGGAAAUUCGAGUGCAGUUUAGGCAUGUUCCGGGAAAUUUAUACAAGAAGAGUUUUGGGACCGAUCUUGACCGUGCUACAAAUGAGUUGGUCAUUAGAGUACAACCUGACGAGGCUAUUUACUUGAAGAUCAACAACAAGAUUCCCGGUUUAGGGAUGCGAUUGGAUCGCAGCAAUUUGAAUCUGCAUUACGCUGCAAGAUACUCAAAAGAGAUCCCCGACGCAUAUGAGAGGCUUCUACUAGAUGCAAUUGAAGGUGAGCGGAGGCUUUUCAUCCGCUCCGAUGAAUUGGAUGCUGCAUGGGUGCUCUUCACACCUUUGCUGAAAGAAUUGGAAGAGAAGAAGAUCGCUCCGGAACUUUACCCUUACGGGAGCCGAGGCCCUGUUGGAGCUCACUACCUUGCUGCGAAAUAUAAUGUCAGAUGGGGUGAUCUUGGUUCCGACCAUUAUCAAGUAUAAUUCAACAGCAGGCGAAAAUGUCACAGUGAUGAACAACUCAUCAAUACACACAAUUUGAUCAUUCCUUUUAAGUUUGGAUUUUUAUGGCAUGCUUCUUAGUUCAUCUCACAGAGGCUUGUUUUGGUUCUCUUCUUCUUGUUCUCCCUGUCGUAAUCCAAUAAUAAGAGACUCAAUUUUUCUCUU